AUGUCGUUUUUGUAUCCCCAACGGGAUACGUUCCAGUCAUGCUUUGCGUCUCCUCUGGCGCCGGCCGCUCCGAAGCGCACGUCGUUGGUCCCCGGCCCGAGCAAGUACCAGGCCCGGCCCGAGCUGUACGGCGCCUACUCGACCGUCGAUGAUGUCAAGGGCAAGGCCCAAAAACUCAGCAGCGAGGCGGCCAAGGAGUUCGAGAAGGCCUCCGCCGCCGCCCAGGCCAAGGCUGGCCGGAUCGAGCUCUACUCUGGCAGGUACUAUGCCGCCUGCACCUUUGGCGGCCUGAUGGCCUGUGGCCUCACGCACUUUGCCGUCACUCCGCUUGACCUCGUCAAGACGCGCCGCCAGAUCGACUCUAAGCUGUACACGGGCAAUUUCCAGGCCUGGGGCAAGAUCUUCCGCGGCGAAGGCGUGCGCGGCAUCUUCACCGGCUGGAGCCCGACCCUCUUCGGCUACUCCGCCCAGGGCGCCUUCAAGUAUGGAUGGUAUGAGUUCUUCAAGAAGCAAUACUCGGACAUUGCCGGCCCCGAGAAUGCCCAAAAGUACAAGACGGUUCUGUAUCUGACUGCGUCUGCUUCGGCCGAGUUCCUCGCCGACCUUGCCCUCUGUCCCUUUGAAGCUGUCAAGGUGCGCAUGCAGGGCGGCAUCCCGUCUCCUUACAGCGGCACGCUCGACGGCAUUCGCACCAUCGCGGCCAAGGAGGGCGUGUCCGGGCUGUAUAAGGGCCUCUACCCUCUCUGGGGUCGUCAGAUCCCCUACACUAUGAUGAAGUUUGCAUCCUUUGAGACCAUUGUCGAAAUGAUCUACGACCGCCUUCCUGGUCAGAAGAGCGACUACAGCAAGGGCGCCCAGACCGGCGUCUCCUUUGCCGGUGGCUAUCUGGCCGGUAUCCUCUGCGCCAUCGUCUCUCACCCUGCCGAUGUCAUGGUCAGCAAGUUGAAUGCCAACCGUGCGCCCGGCGAAGCGUUUGGCGGUGCCCUGAGCCGCAUCUACAAAGAUAUUGGCUUCUCCGGACUGUGGAAUGGUCUUCCAGUGCGCAUCGUCAUGAUUGGCACUCUGACUGGUCUACAGUGGAUGAUCUAUAUCUUCAUGUUUCUCCCAACGACAGGCGGUGCGUCACAGGUCGUGGAGAAGAAAUGA